CUCUUGGGCCCCAUGGGGGCUGCCGUGGACUGGGCUGAGGGGAUGGGGCCCAGCUGCCAGCCCAGCUAUCUUGUUGGAGGAUGACUGGGGCUUUCCCGCUCCCAAAGGAGCAUCCCCCUGCCAGCAGUGAGGGGGGUCCUGACUCUGAAAAUGGAGCAUGGUGCCUUCCUGGGACCAGAGAACCCCAGUGGUCAGAGCUUGGAGGCCCUUAGAGUAGCUGGAUCUAUGGAAAUAUCGAGGCACAGAGGGGCCAGGGGAUGAGUCCAAGGUCACCCAGCCAGAGAAAGCAGAGGCCGUUCCUGCCUGUGAUGUUAAGUUCAGUGUUCCUUCCUCUGGGAUGAGGAAUGAGACUGGGAGGACGGGCCUUCUGGAUGAGGUGAGGCUGCGUGUUGCUGCUUGCCUCUUGGCGUGUGGGUGAAGAAGAGAGGGUGCACAGAGCAGAGGCCACAACUCGGGUGGGGGUGUCAUCACCACACCUCAAGGCAUCCUGCAACAUCACCUCCGCUGGCUGAAUCCUCACACGAGGCCACAGCUAGAGGCCCCGAAUUCCGAACCCAGCCAAGAACGCAGGGCUAAGAGGCUGUACUGCAGGAUGUGGCCACUAGAGGGCAGCAGGCAAGCCGCUGCGGUGGCUCAGCUGCAGAAAGUUCUCAGGCUGGGAGAGGAGCGGAAGGAAGAAGGGGCAGUGAGCAGAAGCCUGCCAGGCGGAGGUCUGGGCACCGCAGCCAGGAGGAGGGUCUGUCUCACUGUCAGAGUCGGUGAGAUCUGUUCUCAGGUACUUACGCGAGACACAAAGCGGACAAGACAUUUAAUGAUGAUAACGGUCGUGUACAUUUAUCGAGUGCUUACUUUAUGCCGGGCACUGUGUUAAUUAGUCCUCACAAUGUUAAAUGUGAGUCCUCACAAUGUUAAAAUGAUCCCCAUUUUUCAGGUGAGAAAACAGAGGCCCGGAGAGAUUCAGAAACCUGGCCAUCAGUGGGGCUUUUGCCAGAGCCCAUGUCCCAAGCAGGAGGCUGUGUCGUAUUCUAUGCCCGGCAUUGACUAAAUGCCUCAAAUUCUUUAAAUUCUUGCAACCGCUACUAUGGUUAUACCCAUUUUAUGGGUCGGGAAACUGAGGCUCAGAGACCGCUAGUGAAUCCAGGUCCACACACCUGCUAAGUGAUAUCCGGGUGGGUGUGGUUCCAUGGCUUGAGCCCUGAGGUCUGAAUUCCAGUUCUCCAGUGGGGAGGUGUUUUUCACUCCCACCCUGUGCCCUAAUCUGAACGUGGCUGACACUGAAAUCUGAGCUUUCUGCUGGGAGUUCACCAACUCCCCGGCCUUCCAACACAAGUUACAGAUUCUGGGCUCCUCUGUCUAAGGCUUGUCUGGAUGUUGACUACCCAGAGAUGGAGGAAGGUCAUGCCAAAGGCUGCUCAAAGCCCAGGGAGGGGCCGUGGGGCUUGCAGGUUGGCUUGGAGGACAAGGGCAUUGAAGAGUUCCUUGCAGUGGCCAGAGCUCCCCUGGGAACAUUGGGACCUGGCCCUGGGGCCUCUGGUUUCCAGGGCAGAUGCCUCCAGCAUACCAAGGAAGCUUGGCCAGUCCUGAGCCCAGCUCUGCCAGGCUGGUGGGAGAGGGGGGCGGCAUUUCUAGGAGGGUCUGACUUUCUUCGUCUUCCUGUUCCCAUGCCCUCGCUUUGCCCUCCUGGGAGGCAGGGGGAUGGCCUGUGGCUGGGCCUUUGGACACAGUCCCCUCGUGGAUGCUCAGACUAUACCUUGUGAACCCGAGUCCCACUUUCUUAGGGAUUUAUACCAUCGAGAUUCUUCAGUUACUCCUGAUUUAUUAGCCAAGGCAGCAGUUUGGAAUCCUGGCCUUAAAAGUUUCUCUGGGCUGGGGUGGGGAGAGGUGGUAGGGAGAGAAACUUAAAUGCUCCCCUGGAUGGGUGAAUUCUCCUUUUGGUACCAGAAUCUUUGAGUUAAGUGAAAUCUCUUUCAGCCUUCUGUUUCCCAUCUCAGUGGAGACCAAAGGGGAUGAAAUGUAGUGGGUCAAGGAGGAGGAUUCAAGCAUGGCCUCCAGAGCACGCUGCCUGGGCUGGAAUCUUGGCUGUACCCCUUACUAGGAGUGUGAGCUGGGGAAAUUCAUCUAACCUUGCAGAGCCUCAGCUUCCUUAUCUGUAAAAUGGGGAUAUGACAACAUCAACCACACAGGGUUAGUGUGAGGGCGAGAGGUGUUUUUCACUCCACCUUGUACCCUAAUCUGUGAUCCCCCCUGGGAUAAACAUCAUGAAUGCCCAGUAAGUGCUUGCUUCCUUCAUGUUCCCUCCGCCCCCAUAAUUCCUAGAACGGUGCCUGGAUCAUGCUCGAUAUCUGACAGAUCUUUAUGAGUAAGUACAAAGAGAGUCCAUCCUAAUGAUGUGCAUUGGGGCGUUGCAACUGUAGACCCUUACUUAAAUAACUUAAAAAUAUUACCUACACUAUUAUUAAUGGUAUUCCCUACCUGUCUUUAGAGGCAUUUGUUUUGGGGCACUUAGGCAGGGUGGGCCUGCAUUUUGCAGGAGAAUCUAAUUUAAUGCAGACAGGCAGUUUUCUCUGGUCACCUCAUCGAACCCUUUUGAUGAAGUCAGCAUUCUCUGUGGCCCUGGGGUGAGGUAGGGGUGGGAUGAGGGGUGUGGUCAGGGCUCUGGUUUUCUCUGAGGUUCCCGAGAGUCUAGACUGUGUCCUUCCCAUAUUUACUGCCACCUGGUGACAUGGUACUCUUCCCUGUAGGUACUGAGUGGAGUUUCAGACUUAAAAUAGGACUCCUAGGAUCCAGAGCCUCAGCUGGCUCACUGUCAUCUCAGCUCAAGCUCUGCGCCCCUUCCAGAGGCAACCAGACUGCUUCAGCUCUGUUUCUUCUUCGCUAAGCUGAUGGUAAAGGGGCCAGAACACUGGCCUAAGAGUCUGACACAGAGGGAUUCGAGUCUCUGCUAUUCCUUAUUUGCUUCUGCACAUUUGCUUAGUCUGUGAGCCUCAAUUUCUCCAUCUAAAAAAUGGGAGUGAGAACCCUGACCUCCCAGAGGAGGCUGUAAGGAAUAGCGUGGUGUUCGGAGUUGGCUGAGCCAGGCAGCACAGCGGGUUUGGGAAGUGAGGAUCCACGAACCACGAAGGAGUCACGCCAAAUAGCGGGAUGUGGGAAGAAUAUUCACAAAGCACAAGUUUAUCCCCUCAGCCAUGAGCCUUGAUCAACAAGACCUUGAUCAACAAGGCCAGACAGCAAAGGGAAGGAUCUGGAGGUGUUACACUACAGAUCGUCUGUACCCUUGUAAUACCUGGUCUCUCUCUUGCCAAUUUACACACAGGCCCGGGACAUUAAUCGAAUGCAUGUUUGAAGGCCAAGUGCAUGUAAGCUGGAGGAACAAGGUCAAAUCUCCUCAGAGGGAAAGAGCGUGGGCUCUGGGGAACCUGUGAGAUGUGCGUUAAACCAAGCAUGUGAGCUCAGGCAGGUCACCCCACUCUCUGUGCCUCAGCUUCCUCGCCUGUGAAAUGGAGCUAAUCCUGGCUUCCACAUGAAGCUCCUGUGAGGAAUAAAUGAGCGAAUGCAGUUUUAGGUAGCCGUUCUCCUCUCUGGUGUGGUUGGAAGAAGAGCCUCCCGCCCCAGCUGUCCCUUCCGAGCGGGCGUCGGUGUCUGGGCUUUCUACACGGAACUGCCAUUUCCACCUGGAGGUCUGGGUCUAUUGCUCACAGGGCCUCUGCACAGGCUGGGACUGCCAGCUAGGCCAGGAGACCUGGCAGCUGCGGACUCCCCAGCUCGGAGCAGCCCCUCUUUGACCUCGCAUGGUGGAGAAGCAGCCCCAUGAAGGUGCCUAGCCAUGCAAUGUUCCUGGAAGGCCGUCCUCCUCCUUGCCCUGGCCUCCAUCGCCAUACAGUACACCGCCAUUCGCACCUUCACCGCCAAGUCCUUCCACACCUGCCCGGGGCUGGCGGAGGCGGGGCUGGCCGAGCGGCUUUGCGAGGAGGGCCCCACCUUCGCCUACAACCUCUCGCGCAAGACCCACAUCCUCAUCCUGGCCACCACGCGCAGCGGCUCCUCCUUCGUGGGCCAGCUCUUCAACCAGCACCUGGACGUCUUCUACCUGUUCGAGCCCCUCUAUCACGUCCAGAACACGCUCAUCCCCCGCUUUACCCAGGGCAAGAGCCCCGCGGACCGGCGGGUCAUGCUGGGCGCCAGCCGCGACCUCCUGAGGAGCCUCUAUGACUGUGACCUCUACUUCUUGGAGAACUACAUCAAGCCGCCGCCCGUCAACCACACCACCGACAGGAUCUUCCGCCGCGGGGCCAGCAGGGUGCUGUGCUCCCGCCCCGUGUGCGACCCCCCGGGCUCCCCCGAGCUGGUGCUGGAGGAGGGGGACUGCGUGCGCAAGUGCGGCCUGUUGAACUUGACGGUGGCCGCUGAGGCCUGUCGCGAGCGCAGCCACGUGGCCAUCAAGACGGUGCGGGUGCCCGAGGUUAACGACCUGCGGGCCCUGGUUGAAGACCCCCGGUUAAACCUCAAGGUCAUCCAGCUGGUCCGAGACCCGCGCGGCAUCCUGGCCUCCCGCAGCGAGACGUUCCGCGACACCUACCGCCUGUGGCGCCUCUGGUACGGCACCGGGAGGAAGCCCUACAACCUGGAUGUGACGCAGCUGACCACGGUGUGCGAGGACUUCUCCAACUCCGUGUCCACCGGCCUCAUGCGGCCCCCGUGGCUCAAGGGCAAGUACAUGUUGGUGCGCUACGAGGACCUGGCCAGGAACCCCAUGAAGAAGACCGAGGAGAUCUACGGUUUCCUGGGGAUCCCCCUGGACAGCCACGUGGCCCGCUGGAUCCAGAACAACACGCGGGGCGACCCCACCUUGGGCAAGCACAAAUACGGCACCGUGCGAAACUCGGCGGCCACGGCCGAGAAGUGGCGCUUCCGCCUCUCCUACGACAUUGUGGCCUUCGCCCAGAACACUUGCCAGCGGGUGCUGGCGCAGCUGGGCUACAAGAUGGCCACGUCGGAGGAGGAGCUCAAGAACCCCUCCAUCAGUCUGGUGGAGGAGCGGGACUUCCGCCCUUUCUCGUGACAAGGGCUCCGUGGGCGGGGGUGAGGGGCACAUGGUGUCAGUUUUGAUAAAAUGGACCGUUUUUAACUGUUGCCUUAUUUCCCCCUCCCUCUCCCGCCCGGUCUUUGUGUCCUUCCUGCCCCCCGACCCCCAACAGGCCCCGCCCCCCCUUCCUUCUGCCUCUUUUUGUCCCUGAAAUUUGCACUAUGUCUUGGACAGGAAUCACUGGGGCGGAGGGGGCAUGAAGCGGGGUAGAGCCCCCAGCUCAUCCCAUUCAGACACACGGCUGUUGGGUCUCUGCGUGGAUGGUGACAAUGUUUACAAGCACCACACUCACACAUUCACAUACGCACACAUGCACACACAUGGGCGACCACGAGGAGAGGUACCCCCAAACCAUGGAACUUCUGCAGCAUUUCCAGUGGCCCAGUGGUCAGGGUAUGGUAGUUUUGCACUGUCUUACUUCCACAAGGUAAGAGGUUAAAAACAAAAAGGUCACCUCUCUCUAAUUUAUGAAUGGUGUUUAAUCCCUCCCCAUCCUGCUUCCUGCCCCCAAUGCCCACUGCCCCCCUUGGAGCAGAGAACCUGCCCCCCACUCUCCCCCCGCCACGCCCACCCCAGCCUGCCCUUGCCUGCCGGCGAGCAGGUUUUUACUGUGAGGUGAAUGUGGACCUUGUUUAUUUUUUUCCAGUCUGUGGCGAUGCUGUCUGUUUGUCCGUCUGAGUCUUGUGGCUGCCUCUGGACCAGUGAUGGCUGAUAAAUCUUAAGGGUUUCUGAUUGAUCUUGGGGUCCAUCUGUGAUAUUUCUUUGUGCCAAAAAGAAAAAAAAAAAAAAGAGUGGAUCAGUUCGCUAAAUGAACAUUGAAAUGCUUCAUCUGUGUUUUCUGUAAAUAAAAGAGUGCAAUAAUA